CUGCAGCGGCCAUGGCCACCAAUAAGGAGCGACUCUUUGUGCCUGGUGCCCUGGGGCCUGGCUCUGGCUACCCAGGGGCUGGCUUCCCCUUCGCCUUCCCAGGGGCACUCAGAGGGUCUCCACCUUUCGAGAUGCUGAGCCCUAGCUUCCGGGGCUUGGGCCAGCCUGACCUCCCCAAGGAGAUGGCCUCUCUGUCGGUGGAGACGCAGAGCACUAGCUCAGAGGAGAUGGUGCCAAGCUCGCCCUCACCCCCUCCACCUCCCCGGGUCUACAAGCCGUGCUUCGUGUGCAAUGACAAGUCCUCUGGCUACCACUAUGGGGUCAGCUCUUGUGAAGGCUGCAAGGGCUUCUUCCGUCGCAGCAUCCAGAAGAACAUGGUGUACACAUGUCACCGUGACAAAAACUGUAUCAUCAACAAGGUGACCCGGAAUCGUUGCCAGUACUGCCGGCUACAGAAAUGCUUUGAAGUUGGCAUGUCCAAGGAAGCCGUUCGGAAUGAUCGCAACAAGAAGAAGAAAGAGGUAAAGGAAGAAGGGUCGCUUGACAGCUAUGAGCUGAGCCCCCAGUUAGAAGAGCUCAUCACCAAGGUCAGCAAGGCCCAUCAGGAGACCUUCCCCUCGCUCUGCCAGCUGGGCAAGUACACCACGAACUCCAGUGCAGACCACCGGGUGCAGCUGGAUCUGGGGCUGUGGGACAAGUUCAGUGAGCUGGCCACCAAGUGCAUCAUCAAGAUCGUGGAGUUUGCCAAGCGGUUACCUGGCUUCACCGGUCUCAGCAUUGCUGACCAGAUCACUCUGCUCAAGGCCGCCUGCCUGGACAUCCUGAUGCUGCGGAUCUGCACAAGGUACACCCCAGAGCAGGACACUAUGACCUUCUCCGAUGGGCUGACCCUGAACCGGACUCAGAUGCACAACGCCGGCUUCGGGCCCCUCACAGACCUCGUCUUUGCCUUCGCUGGGCAGCUCCUGCCGCUGGAGAUGGACGACACGGAGACAGGCCUGCUCAGCGCCAUCUGCCUCAUCUGCGGAGACCGCAUGGACCUGGAGGAGCCUGAGAAAGUGGACAAGCUGCAGGAACCGCUGCUCGAAGCCCUGAGGCUCUAUGCCCGGCGCCGGCGGCCCAGUCAGCCCUACAUGUUCCCCAGGAUGCUCAUGAAGAUCACUGACCUCCGGGGCAUCAGCACCAAGGGAGCAGAAAGGGCCAUUACCCUGAAGAUGGAGAUUCCAGGCCCGAUGCCUCCCCUGAUCCGAGAAAUGCUGGAGAACCCCGAAAUGUUUGAGGACGACUCCUCGCAGCCUGGCCCUCACCCCAAGGCCUCCAGCGAGGAUGAGGUUCCCGGGGGCCAGGGCAGAGGGGGCCGCAGCCCCCAUCCUGACCAGGGUCUCUGACUUCCCCUGCCUUGGGGGUUGGGGCUCCAGGCAGCAGACUGACCAUCUCCCAGACACCGCCAGUGGCUGGGGGAGGACCUGCUCUGCCCUCUCCCCACCCCUUCCAAUGAGCUCCUUGUUUUUGCCAAAGUUUCCAGGGGUGCCUCUGUGUUCAUCCCCAUCUUGCUCUAACCGGCUCCCUCUCCAGUCCUGGGGGCCUGCCCUGUUCCCUCCAGGAGAGAGGGCAGAGGGGUGAGCCUGGGUUUGGACUCUGAAAUCUUAGCACUGCCCCUCAGACACCAGGGUCCAGGCUCCCCAGGGCAGGAGGAAGACCCUUCAUUCCACAGCCCCUUCCUCUGCUGGGUGCUUAGGCCUCUGGGAGCAAACAGGAACACUAGAGACCAAAAGGGGGCCGUAGGGGGAGGGCUGAGCCCACCCUCUUGCCCCUGUCCUUGGUGCCUAAUGCUGCGUGAGGCACCUGCCAGGUGCAUCCUGCCCGCUGUGCCCCAUCCUCAUGCCAGGUCAGAGUGGGGCAGCCCGGGCCCUGCAUUUCUGUUGGGGGGGCAGGGGGUGAAAGGGACAGAUGUGGAUCGCUCCGCACCUCUUCACUGGGGCCUCCGUUACAAGCCCCUCCCCCAGCCCUGUCACGUGCCUUGGGCCCCCCCUGCCCCUCAUCUCAGCCUUGGGGCAGGGACCCUCCUACACUACAGAGGGGCCAGGGGAUCCCUCUCCCCCUAGUGCCUUCCCCCUUGACCCCCCAGAGCAGCUUGGCCCAGGGAGAGGUGGGGUGGGCACUGCUUAGCUGAUCCCGCCCUGACCCAGAGGAAGCCUCUAUUUAUUUAUUAGCUUUUGUUUACACCCUGGAAUUGACCCCUUCCUCCAGGGGACUUGGGAGGGGGAGCCCAGGGCCCCUGUGACCCCUCUCUUCCUCCAAUCCCCAGUUUGUAUUUAGCUGCCAAAUAAGAUUCCCACUGGCUCCCCUUUUUCUCUGGGGGGUCCGGGUGCUGUCCCCUCCCCUCUGUUUACAUUUCUCCUCCACCCCCCACCCCCGC